AUGGGGCUGCCUUGCUUCCCCCUGCCCCCAGCUUGGCUCAAUGUUUGCCACGAGAGUCAUACCUUCAUCCCUGAAGAAAUCGGGCUAGGCUUGACCCCGCCCUAUCCGGAGGAGGACGCUGCGCACGCGCAGAGGCCUCCGCCACUGCCUCCGCCUCCGCCUCCGCCUCGGCGCUACCCAUCCUUCUCCCCGCAGCAGGCGUUCUGCCUGGCUUCCGUAGAAGCAGGUCGGUGUUCCUCAGCAGUAAGCAAUGGGCUGCUCCUUCUCAACAUGCUCAUGUGCAACCACCAGGCCCUCGGGGAACAAUUGGCAACUCCAGAGCUACAAGAGGCCCUGCAUAGUCACUGCGGUGGUGGGCCAGAUCCCAUGCCCCCGACCCGAACCCUCAUUCUCACCCUGCUCAGCCAGCUUUCAGAGCAUGGGCCUCCUGGCAGUCCAGAGCAUUCAGUAGCAGAGACACCCUGCCCUGAGCCCCAGACUGGAGCAGAGGAGCCAUUACUCCGGAGCCUGGUGGGGAGUGCUGGCCCCUCUGGGGAGCUACUCUUAGAGCUGGAGCGAAGCAUCUGCCCUGAGGGAUCCUGGGAGGGUGAUGUGAACCAGGUACUGAAGAGGCUUCAACAUCAGCCCCAGCCCUUUCUGCUAUUGCUACAGAGUCUGGAGACCCCAGGGCCUAACAAGUCACUGCAUAUGACAGUUUUGAGAAUCCUGAUCAGGCUGCUGGAUUUCCCUGAGGCCAUCCUCCUCCCCUGGCAUGAGGCCAUGGAACCAUGUCUGGCCUGCAUGAAUGCCCCAAGCAAUGACCGGGAGGUGGUCCAGGAGUUAAUACGCUUCUUGCAUCGCUUGGCAACAUUACACAAAGACUGCGCAGUGGUUCUCUGCCGCCUAGGAGCUCGAGAGGCCCUCACCAAAGCCCUGGACAAGCACACAGCACAGCUGCUCCUGGGACCUGAGCUCCGGGACCUAGUGAGCGAGUGUGAGAAGCAUGCCCGGCUCUACAGUAACCUUACCACGAGCAUCCUGGCUGGGUGUAUCCAGAUGGUGCUUAGCCAGAUCGAAGAACACAGACGAACUCACCGACCCAUUAACAUCCCUUUCUUUGACGUCUUCCUCAGGCAUCUCUGCCAGGGAUCCAGUGUGGAAGUAAAGGAAGACAAGUGUUGGGAGAAGGUGGAGGUGUCAUCUAAUCCUCAUGGGGCCAGCAAGCUGACUGACAGAAACCCCAAGACCUACUGGGAAUCCAAUGGCAGCACAGGCUCUCACUACAUCACACUGCACAUGCACCGGGGGGUCCUUGUCAGACAGCUGACUCUGCUGGUGGCCAGUGAAGACUCAAGCUACAUGCCAGCCCGUGUGGUGGUGCUGGGGGGAGACAAUGCCAGUUCCGUCAGCACUGAGCUCAACACAGUAAACGUGAUGCCUUCUGCCAGCCGAGUGAUGCUUCUAGAGAACCUGACCCGUUUCUGGCCCAUCCUUCAGAUCCGUAUCAAGCGAUGCCAACAGGGUGGCAUUGACACCCGUGUGCGAGGGGUGGAGGUGCUGGGCCCCAAACCCACAUUCUGGCCGCUGUUCCGGGAGCAGCUGUGUCGCCGCACACACCUUUUCUACACCGUCCGAGCCCAAGCCUGGAGUCAGGACAUCGCUCGGGACCGGAAGCGCCUGCUACAACUCUGCCCUAGACUGAACGGGGCUUUACGCCAUGAGCAGAGUUUUGCAGAUCGAUUCCUCCCCGAUGACGAGGCUGCCCUGGCCCUAGGAAGGACCUGCUGGGAGGCCUUGGUCAGCCCCUUGGUGCAGAGCAUCACUGCUCCUGAUGGCAGUGGGGUGAGCCCGUUGGCCUGGCUGCUGGGCCAGUACCUGGAGCAUAGAGAGAAGGCCCGUUGCCCACAAGGCCGAGCAGAUUCAUUUGCCUCCCGGGUGCGUCGCCUCAGCCACCUGCUGGUACACGUGGAGCCUCCCCCAGGACCUCCUCCUGAGCCUCCCACCCGGCCUAAUGGCAAGAACAGUAAGAUUCGGGAGCUGAACUCAGGGGCUGGCCUGGGCCCUCCUGGAGGCAGCCUGAGGGGGAUCACCCAGUGUUGGAGGGGUGUGGUGCAAGAGCAGGUGAGCAGGUUUCUGACCGCAGCCUGGCAAGCCCCGGACCUCGUGCCCAGAUACUGUGACACCUACGAGCGACUCCAGAGCGCCGGGGCAGAACUCUUUGGGCCGCGGGCAGCCUUCACGCUGGCCCUGCGCCAGGGCUUUUCUGGGGCUCUGCUGCAGCUCUCCUUCCUCACUGCUGCCCACGUGAGUGAACAGUUUGCCCGUCACAUCGACCAGCAGAUCCAGAAGAGCCGAGUGGGUGGCCCAAAGGGGGAAGAGGUGCUGGGCCAGCUGCAGCGGAGCCUGGAGCCCAUGAUGGUCCUCUCUGGCCUGGAGCUGGCCACCACCUUUGAGCACUUUUACCAGUACUACCUGGCUGACCGCCUCCUGAGCCUGGGUCCGAGCUGGCUGGAGCGAGCCGUGCUAGAGCAGAUCGGGCUCUGCUUCCCCAACCGCCUGCCCCAGCAGAUGUUGAGCAGCCUGAGCACAUCCCAGGAGCUGCAGCACCAGUUCCACCUUUUCCAGCUUGAGCAGAUUGACCAGCAGCUCCUGGAACAGGAGGAGGAUGAGGAGCACAGCCUGGAGGCCCGUCCCCAGGAGGAGCCGGUGGAGCAACUCCCGCCUGAAGAGCGGGCCCCUGAGGUGUCCGUGCUGGUCCUGUCUCCUCGCUGCUGGCCUGUGUCCCCCCUCUGCUAUCUCUAUGAGCCCAACAAGUACCUCCCCCCAGCUCUCAGCACCAGCCUCAGCAGAUUUUCCAACUUCUACAGUCAGAGUCAAAAUCGACCAGUCCUAGAACUGGGACCUCGUCGUCGGCUACAGUGGUCAUGGUUGGGCCGGGCAGAGUUGCUCUUUGGGACACAGACACUGCAUGUCUCCACUUUGCAGAUGUGGCUUCUUUUGCACUUCAACAAGAUGGAGGAGGUGGCUUUGGAUACUCUGCUGCAGAGCUCAGACAUCUCGUCAGAGCUACUGAAUCAAGCCCUUCAGCCUCUCACCUCAGGGCUUGGCCCCCUGAGCCUUCAUGAGGGUCAGGGUUUCCCUUCUGGAGGUGUGCUGCGGCUUCGGGAGGUAGAGAAGGAGCCUGGGGGGGAGGCCUUGUGGCUGCUCCCCCCCCAGACAUACCUGAGUGUGGAAGAGGAUGAGUGCCGGACCCUGGAGAGGAAGAGGAACCUCCUGAGCUGCCUCCUUGUCCGAAUCCUCAAAGCCCAUGGGGAGAAAGGCCUGCACAUUGACCAGCUUGUCUGUCUGGUCCUGGAGGCCUGGCAGAAGGGCCCAUCUAGCCCCAAGGGUUUGGGCAGCAACAUGAGUGGGGAGGCUGGCUGCAGCAGCGCCGAUGUCCUUUCUUGCAUCCUCCAUCUCCUGGGCCAGGGCUAUGUUCGAAGGCAGGAAGACCGGCCCCAAGUCUUGGCAUAUGCAGCCCCAGAGCCUGCAGAUCCCCAGCGUGGUCAGGCCAAUGUCCCUUUCUGUGGCACUCGGAGUGCUGUGACUUCACAGCUCAGACCCAAAGAGGUGGCUGCCCUGGCAUCCUUGCAGCUACCUGCAGGCCGAACCAUGAGCCCCAAUGAGGUGGAAGGCCUAAUGGAACAGACAGUGAACCAGGUACAAGAGACCCUGAGCUUGGAACCAGAUGUUGCGCUGCAUUUGCUGGCCCACACUCGAUGGGGGGCCGACCAGCUGCUGCAGAGCUAUAGCGAGGAUCCAGAGCCCUUGCUGCUGGCCUCAGGCCUUCGGGUGCCUCUGGCCCAGGCACCACCACCACUCCCCACCCAGUGCCCUGUCUGUGUCAGCCCCCUGAGCCCUGAAGACCAGCCACCUGCCCUCUGCUGCAUGCACUACUGCUGCAAGUCUUGCUGGAAUGAGUACUUGACAACACGAAUUGAACAGAACCUUGUAUUGAACUGCACAUGCCCUAUUGCUGAUUGCCCUGCUCAGCCUACCAGUGCCUUCAUUCGUGCCAUUGUCUCCUCCCCUGAAGUCAUUGCCAAGUAUGAGAAGGCCCUUCUGCGGGGGUAUGUGGAAAGCUGUUCCAACAUGACCUGGUGCACCAACCCUCAGGGCUGUGAUCGUAUCCUGUGCCGCCAGGGCUUGGGCUGUGGGGCUGCCUGCUCCAAGUGUGGCUGGGCCUCCUGCUUCAAUUGUAAUUUCCCUGAGGCUCACUACCCUGCCAGCUGUAGCCACAUGUCCCAAUGGGUAGAUGACGGUGGCUACUAUGAGGGCAUGAGUGUGGAGGCUCAAAGCAAGCACCUGGCCAAACUCAUCUCCAAGCGCUGUCCCAGCUGCCAAGCUCCUAUAGAGAAGAAUGAGGGGUGUCUACACAUGACAUGUGCCAAAUGUAAUCAUGGCUUUUGCUGGCGCUGUCUCAAGCCUUGGAAGCCAACACACAAGGACUAUUACAACUGCUCAGCCAUGGUAAGCAAAGCUGCCAGACAGGAGAAGCGGUUUCAGGAUUACAAUGAGAGAUGUACUUUCCAUCACCAGGCCCAGGAAUUUACACUGAAUCUACGGAGCUGUGUGUCUGCCAUCUCCGAGAUGCCCCCACCUCAGCCCCUUACCUUCCUCAUUGAUGCCUGCCGGGGACUAGAGCAGGCCAGAAAGGUCCUGGCCUAUGCCUGUGUAUACAGCUACUACAACCAGGACACGGAGCGCAUGGAUGUGGUGGAACAACAGACAGAGAACUUGGAGCUGCACACCAAUGCUCUGCAGAUCCUUCUGGAGGAGACCCUACUGCAGUGCCAGGACCUGGCGGCCUCCCUAAAACUCUUCAAAGCAGAGCACCUCAGCACAGGCCUAGAGCUCCUUCGGCGUAUUCAGGAGAGAUUAUUGGCCAUCCUGCAACACUCCACACAGAUCUAUCCUUCUUUCUGGCAGGAUUUCCGAAUUGGUCUUCAGACUCCACCAAGUUCAGAGCCCCAAGAAGUGAAGGUGUCUAAUGUGCCCAGCAGCCAGCUGCAGGGGUCCUCAGAGCUGGGUCAGGAAGAGGAAGAUGAGGAAGAUGAGGAUGAGGUACCAGGGUGGCAGCAGGAUGAGUAUGAUGAUGAGGAGCUGGACGAUGACAACUUCUCCUAUGACGAUGAGUCAGAGAACCUAGAUCGGGAUACCUUCUUUUUUGAUGAUGAGGAUGAGGAUGAAGGCUAUGACUGAGGGGAGGUGGCUGUGCCUCCUCCCAAAAUCAGCCCACCCCCUGAAAGGGUAGAAAGUGCUGAGAGUGACUGUUCAGAAGUUAAGGGACUUGGGGGUUGUCAUGGGGGUGGGUCAUCCCUCUCCCAUAGAGGGGUCCCCCAGGAGGGUUGCCCUGAAACUCCCUGGGGAAACUGACCACCAGGGAUUUGCCCUUGUUCUGUUUAUUAAAUAAACGACUUUUCUUGUA